CGAAGGCUGCCGAGAUAUAUCGAAGGAUUCGAAUGGGCGACAGUCCCGACGACAUCAUCCAUCGAUACACAGCGGCCGAUCAUGGCAAUGUUCCAUUGCCCGUCAAGCGAGCCGUGCGACAACUGUUUCUCGUGACUCUGACUCAUAGCACGGGCUCCAUUCUGGACAUCGUCCACCUUGCUAUGCGAGCACUAGACCCGACUGCGAAAUUUCAACUGCCGGAUUCGCCUGAUCUGCUGCUUUUCCGAAAUCGCAUAGCCCAUCUGCACCGGAUAGAGGCCAUCGUGCAAAGGUCGUCCGGGAUCACGGCCUCAUUGCCAGCUCCUUCGGCGAGCUCAUCCGCGCAGCGGCCAGAAACUGCCUUCUAUGCCGGACUUGAUACUCGCACAGACUGUGACAACUACGCUCUGCAUCAAGUUCCAGCUAGUCCGUGGGUCGUGAUUACAGAUGACGAUGAAGCAAUAUCGCACUUGGUCUCCCUCUUCCUCGCCUGGGUCAACCCAGGCUGGCGAUUCGUGGAGCAAGAUCUUUUCUUGCAGGGUAUGCGCUCUGGUGAUGUGGAUUCACCAUUCUGCUCGCCUUUCCUGGUCAAUGCUAUGUGCUCAAUGGCCUGUCUUCAUUCAGAACACGAUAUCGCGUUCACAGGCGGCGACAGAGACCGAUUUACGCGUGGUCAACACUUCCACAACCAAGCCCUGAGACUGUGGUACCUCGAACAAAAUCGCGCGACAGUCGCCAACAUCCAAGCUCUUUGUAUGCUGAGUUUCGACUCAAACUACCGCGCCAAGGAUAACCAGGGCCUUGGCAUGAUCCCAAUGGCAAUUGAAAUGGACAAUGAGCUCCCAUUCCAUCGAGAGUCGGAGUGGUGUGCCCAGCGAGGUAUCCAGGUGCGCGAUUAUGCAAGAGCGAGACUUGCUGCUCAUUGGACUGCUAUAUGUCUUCACAUAAAUAUGCGUCUUUCGUACAUGCUCGACAUGACCGUCAGGCCGAGGUCGUCUGAAGUUCCAAAAAUCCACAACGUCUUCCAAGACGACGUGGAUCUCUGGAUUGGAUACCCAUUGUCCAGAGAAGCAGUGCCACAUCGAUCCACUCUCUACCUACGAGAAAAGUGUGCACUAGCAGCACUCUUCCAUGACAUGCAUAGCUUGAUCUUCUCAGACAGGCACAAGAAGACCAAUACUCGAGUGUUCAUGGACAGGAUAGAUCAAAUGUCGACCAAGAUGGCAAGCUGGCACGAACGUCUCCCGUUCGAGCUCCAAUAUGAGUGGCCUAUGUGCGUCGCAGUUUGGGAAUUGCACGCCUCAUAUACCUGUUUUUGCAUGUCGCUGCGCCUUGUUGCCAGAAAUCGAUGUUUGCAAGACGGCGAAAGAGCGAGAGAUCGAUCAAACUCACCCGAUUCGCCAGACCCCGAAGAUGUCAUAGCACGUAUGGCGCACGAUAGCCUAAGCAAAGCACUCUCGCUGGCAUACAAGGCAGCCCAAAUGCUUCGCGAUCACCGAGAGCGGUAUGGAUUGAAAAUUUCCCCUCCUUGGCUCGUGCAACUUUCAGCAGUAGCCGCAGGCGUCCUCGUCCUCGACAAGGACUUGACGAUGCCAAAUAUGGAAAACCACCCUUCGGACCACUCGCGUAGACAGAUUACAGAUUCGCACACGGCGUUUGACGAAGUCUUUCGAUGCCUUUUGGGUGCUGGCGUGGAAAUUAUGAUUGCCAGAGGGAUCGCGCGAAUGAUUUAUCAUACUGCGCUCGAGCAGAGGAUUGUCCUCUCGCGCUCCUCGCGGGCUAUGCUGCAGAUUAUGGCGGAUACUGCUUUGGCGGCCUUCCGAUCUGUCGCUGAUGCAGUCGACUUACCCGGAUAUCACGUCUGUGAGUGGGGAUGAAGAGGGGAGUGCGAAUCGGAGGCUGACGGAGUUGUUGUCGAGUUGGGAGAAGAUGGAGAUUUGAGGUGGAGGAAUGCGAUGAGGGUGGCAGGAUAUGUGUCUUGAAAGGUGAGGGAUGUUGAUGUAUACUAAAGGCAAAAACUACGAAUGUAUAUUAGAUGGUUGGUAUGAAUUAUGAUACACACGGUUAUGG